AUGCUGGGCAUGAUGACGAUCGCCGGGCACAAUUACGUCCACCAGAAGGAUAAUUUCAGGAUGUACUAUUUCCAGUUUUCGCUGUUGCAGAUUAGGGAGUGGAGGAUCAGCCACGCGCUGAGCCACCAUUUGCACACCAACGCCAUCGAUGAUUUGGAGAUAUCCAUGUACGAGCCCUUAUUGUUUUAUUUGCCAGUUAAGAAAUCCGUCAGGGAUAUCAUUUCGUCCCUUCUUUUGGCUCCCGUUAUUUGGGUGACGAUGUUUCAUGGAGCUUUGAUCAAGAGAAUUUUAUUUGCAAAAAAGUGCAACUUUACCAAUUUUGGUUUAUCGGAUUUGAUACCGUUAUUGCUACCUACAGUAAUGUGUUUAUUCCGUGGCGAAAACACCUCGAUAAUCGACGUGUUUUUAAUGUGGAAUUUUAUCAUUCUCGUGGGAUCCACCUAUUUGGGUUUCGUCGGUUUACACGCAGCUCACCACCACCCAGACAUCUUCCACGACGGAGACGUACCCAGAUCCUCGACUAACUACGAUUGGGGCCUGAGCCAACUGGACGCGGUGAUGGACCGCAAAGAGAUCACCGGCUCCCACUUCCUGGUGCUCACCAAUUUCGGCGAUCACGCCCUCCACCACCUCUUCCCCACGCUGGACCACGGCCUCCUGGAGCUGCUCUAUCCCACCUUUAAGCGGGUGCUGAGGCAAUUCGACGUGGACGUGCGCUGCGUGUCCCAAUGGGACACCAUCAAGGGCGGUUUCCAGCAGCUGGUGAAGGUCAACCCGAAUUCCAGCGCGCCGGAUUUGAAGAAAUACAGCAAUUCGAAGGAUGAUUAA